AUGGUACUCCUUUGGCGUUCCCGGAGCUGUAGCACCGAGGUGAUGGAGUCGCCAUGUAGAACGAUGCAACCUUGUUCUUGCUGCAAAUUACUCGUGGCUGAGCUGCCAGCCUCUCCGCCAAGCAUAUUAAUCGUCAAGGUGACGUGCGCCCUGGCAUUGGCGCAGCGUGUUGACGCCCCUUGCAGAGAGAGCGAAUCCGAACCCAGCCUUCUCUUCUUUGCGAGCCCAGUUACAGAACCAAAUAAAACGGUCAGGAGUGGCGCUCUUGUCAUGGACGCGACUCGAGCAUCUCUCCGUGCUGUCUAUGAAUGGGAUUUGCUAGUGCUGCAGGCAGAAAUGUCAGGCGUACGUGUUGAACUUUUCAAACACCAAAGUUCUGGGAACUGCGUCGGGCAGACCUGCCGCCGCUCCUUUGGCGCGGACUCAACACCCGAAUGCGUCUUCAAGUUGCUUGUUCGAGCUGGAAGCGGCAGGCUACAUGUAGCACUUUGGUCAUCCUCAAACCUGCUUCCAGUCAGGAGCAGAUUUUAG